CCCCAUCUUCACACGUUUGACCUUCCUUCCAUUUCCGUAUCCCCAGACCAACACAACUUGUAAAAAACAGAACACAGAAAUUUCAAAACCAACAAAAUUCAUACUUACUACACCACUGUGGAUCUCUUAUUAACUCAAUUUCAAUAAAAUCUUUUUAACAUUUAUCACACAAAUUUCAUUUGAUCGACAAUUUUAGGGUUUUUCUUAAAAUUCAAUCAAUCAAUUAAUCAAUUCAAUCAAUCAAUUUAAUCGAACCAGAGAGGAGAGAGAAAGUGAAGAAAGCGUCAACAAUGGCGAAAAGCCGGCAAAGCAGGAAGAGAACGUCGACAUCAACGCUAGUAUUAUCAUUGUUGCUAAUGCUAAGUGUUGUACUUCUUCUGCUUCUUGCUCUCGGCAUUCUCUCUCUUCCUGUAUCUUCUAAUGACCCCAGACCUGCUCACGAUCUCCGUAACUUCGGUCGGAAGGUUCUCGAAAGAGGUAAGGGGAUUGGAAAGCGAGAUGAACAAUGGGUUGAGAUUCUCUCUUGGGAGCCUCGUGCUUUUCUUUACCAUCAUUUCCUGUCUAAGGAGGAAUGUGAAUAUCUUAUUGACCUGGCUAAACCUCACAUGGCAAAGUCAACUGUUGUUGAUAGUAAAACUGGUCGGAGCAAGGACAGCAGGGUGCGAACUAGUUCUGGAAUGUUUUUGAGAAGAGGUCAAGACAAAAUUAUAAGGGACAUAGAGAAAAGAAUAGCAGACUUUACCUUCAUUCCUGUAGAGCAUGGUGAGGGAUUGCAGAUUCUUCACUAUGAAGAGGGUCAGAAGUAUGAACCUCACUAUGAUUACUUCCUUGACGAAUUCAACAAAAAGAAUGGCGGCCAAAGGAUUGCUACUGUUCUAAUGUACUUAUCAGAUGUUGAAGAGGGUGGUGAGACUGUUUUUCCAGCAUCUCGAGGGAAUUUUAGUUCUCUGACAGGGUGGAAUGAGCGGUCUGAAUGUGCUAAAAGGGGCUUAUCUGUAAGACCUAAGAUGGGUGAUGCCUUACUUUUCUGGAGCAUGAGGCCUGAUGCGACAUUAGAUUCUUCUAGCCUUCAUGGUGGCUGCCCAGUUAUUAAAGGAAACAAGUGGUCAUCUACAAAAUGGAUGCAUGUUGAGGAAUACAAGAUAUAGGCGUCAUCAAGGUGAUUUACCGUUAACAGAUCAUGCCAGCCAUUCUGGCUUAUUUCUUUACCAGAUGUCCAUCGACGACCAUUUUGAAGCCGAGUUUUUUUGGGUCCUACCGCAACUGCAUGCCUAUGUUACUAACACAUUAGUGAUUGUAUUGGUGAAUAGAUAAGUACUUUAACAAAAUUUAAGAUAGUAACGUUGAUGCGGCAUAAGAGUAUAUACUAUAUGGCUCUAUUGGUUAAUUGGCUUUCCUGCUUGUGGUACACAUUCUAUUUUUUUUCAGGGAUAUGCACGGUUGCUACAAUGUGAACUAUGAGAUGUAUAGUGUUUCAUGAUUUGGUGGCAAAAUUUUUCCAAUAGAGUUCGUUUUUACUCUGUUCUUCA